CACCUUUAGCUUGGCAUGUCGCCGUGGAAAACUACAUCUCCCACAAUCCGCAGCUUCUUGCCCGUGAAACCGUGGAAAACUGAUUGCGCAUGCGUAUCCAGACGUGGCAACGGCAUCAUGGCCUCUUGGAACCGCCACGGGAGUCGGAUGAGAGAGGCGAAAAUGUGGCUUUUGGUGCUUCUGGUGUGGCUGGUGCCGGUGCUGGAUGCGCUGAAGGUGUCUCCUCUCAUUGAGAAAGUGAACGACCACAAAGACUUCAAGAAGCUGCUCCGAACCAGGACCAAUGUUCUAGUGCUCUAUACCAAAUCAGCGACGUCAGGGGACCCCCAACUGAAGCUGCUGUCGGACGUGGCACAGACAGUGAAGGGCCAGGGGACGAUAGCCUGGGUCAACUGUGGUGACUCCGAGGGACGCAAACUCUGUAAGAAAGUGAAAGUGGACCCUGGAUCCAAAUUUGCGGGAUUCGAAAUGCUGCAUUACAAAGAUGGAACAUUUCACACAGAGUACAACAGACCGACUACUUUCAAGUCGAUGGUGGCUUUUCUCAAAGACCCUUCAGGCCCUCCGCUGUGGGAAGAAAACCCAGAGGCAAAAGACGUCGUUCACAUCGAGACAGAGAAAGAUUUCAGAAAGUUAUUGAAGAAAGAAGAUAGACCAAUUCUCAUGAUGUUCUACGCUCCAUGGUGCGGAGUGUGCAAAAGGAUGCAGCCCAUUUUUCAGCAGGCGGCCACAGAGACCAAAGGACGAUAUGUACUGGCAGGUAUGAAUGUCCACCCAGCAGAGUUUGACGGACUGAAGCAAGAAUAUAACGUCAAAGGCUAUCCGACCUUCUGCUACUUUGAGAAAGGAAAGUUCCUGCACCACUAUGAAAACUAUGGAGCUACAGCGAAAGACAUCGCAGACUGGCUCAGAAAUCCUCAGCCCCCUCAGCCGAAGACCCCUGAGGUGGCCUGGUCUGAGUCGGACUCGGCUGUAUUCCACCUCACAGACGAUUCCUUUGACAGUUUCCUCCAGGAGCACCCGGCCGCUCUCAUCAUGUUCUAUGCCCCCUGGUGCGGUCACUGUAAGAAGAUGAAGCCAGAAUAUGACGAAGCUGCAGAAGUCCUCAACAAAGCGUCUGAUAGUCCCGGCGUGUUGGCUGCUCUUGAUGCCACGGUGCAUAAAGCAGUCGGUGACCGCUUUAAGAUCUCAGGGUUCCCCACAGUUAAGUACUUUGUGAACGGAGAAGAAAAAUAUACUCUGCCCCAUCUGAGGAACAAGGACAAGAUCAUUGAGUUUAUGCACAAUCCCCAGGCUCCUCCCCCUCCAGAACAGUCCUGGGAGGAGAAGCCGUCCAGCGUCAGCCAUCUUGGAUCCGAGGACUUCAGAGAGGCGCUGAAGAAGAAGAAACACGCUUUAGUCAUGUUCUACGCUCCAUGGUGUCCUCACUGUAAAAAUGCAGUUCCCCACUUCACCACUGCAGCGGAGCUCUUCAAAGAGGACCGCAAGAUUGUGUACGCUGCAGUGGACUGUACCAAAGGACAGAACCAUGAGCUGUGUAAACAAGAGGGAGUGGAGGGCUACCCCACAUUCAACUACUACAACUACGGCAAGUUCAACGAGCGUUACAACGGAGACAGAGGGGAGGCAGGGUUCAUCGGCUUCAUGCGCAGCCUCAGAGGUCGCGACCAGGAGAAAGUUGGAAAGAGAAAGGACGAGCUUUGACCGGAUCCACGUCGCCCGCCACAGUUUGUCAUUGCACUGUGAACUUUGUCCUUUGCCCCUCGCUUGACCCCUGUAUCCCGGGGUCGCCCAUCCGCACUGACGGGGGAGAUGAAGACUUGAUGACCUCAGCGAAAGGCUAUUUUUUUAUACAAUGAUUUGUUUCAUAGAGAAGAGAUACGUACCACCAAACACCAUUGAAGACUUUGAAGAUCUUAAAGGGGCAUUUUGGGUUUUAAAUGUUGCUCCAAACACUGUGACUGCAUAUGACAUCCAAUACUGUAUCUAUGCAAUAUUAUGGACCCUUUUUUACGCAAGUUUAGGGGGUCCAUAGACUGGAGUUGGUGGUGGGCAUUGCCAUUUUUCAAGUUCUAAUGAUUUUUCUAUAUAGGUUAAUGCUGGAGAACUAAAAGAUAUUUACCAAUCAUUAAAUACUGGGCAAGUAAUGGGGUUGUUAGAUAGAAGGGAUAUAAGCACUGCUAUGGAUGAUUUCAAUGGUUUUCGUAAUCGUUUUUUCAAAUGGGCCACUAUAUGUGUUCUGAUUUGAAGUAGCGAUGUUGGACGAUAUGACAAAAUCAAAUUGGGAUGAUCUAUAUAUAUAAAUGGUUCUAUGGUGAUCCGAUGCUUUAAUACGGCUCUAUGCUUCCCGCCCGCUAAUCCUAUUGGUCAGCCUCUGUCAUUCUGAGAGUGAGUGACAGGUGGGCACAGGGUUUUUAUGGCAUCUUACAUUAUUGAUACUUUGCAGCCGAUGUCAUCAACGUUCCCUGGUGAUGCUCUGCUCUGUCUGUUACUGAAGUUAAUCUUUAAUCUGACCUUUGUUUUACAUAAUCUGACUAUAAAGAAUUUAUUUAGAUGGAACUGCAGCAGGUGAGAUGAUUUGAGAUCUUAAACAAGUCUCUCGCACAUAAAAUAGUAUUGAUCACAGGCUCCUGAAAAUGUUGUAUUGUUUUUCUUGCAUUUUCUUUUUUGGCAGUGUUCGUUAAUAUGUGCAUUGUGUCGCCAUGGUAACUGAUGAACAUUACGCUAUUUAGAUGCAUGUAGAAACUCCCUCACCCCUCCUUCCCCAGCGUGAUGCCACUGCUGCAAAGUAUCAAUAAAGUGUGUGUGUCUGUGUAAUCCCUCUUUCAUCCAGGUAGGUUCUAUUGCAAAAGAGCAUUUAAUUAUGUCAACUGGACGAACCUGAAUAGAUUUCAAGGCUUCUUUAGUCAGUAUUCACUCCAAAAACUUUAGUCCAGUUGACAGCAGUAUUUUGUUUUGUGAUUAUAAAGCGUUCUAAAGUAACAAAGAGUUUUCAGAGUUUUUAACAUCUCCCUACCGUAUGACUUAAGUGGGGCCUUAAACCAAAAUAAAAGAUAGCUGAAAAUACUGAAGAAUUAGUUGGGGUUUUGAGGCCUGGUGCCAUUUCAUUUUCCCUUGAGAGAGAUUUGAAUUAAAAAAAAAAAUACAAAAUGCCAAAUAUUAGUGCACAUAACGCUUGACAUUUCCACACUUCAGCAUUCCCAUAUUUUAAAUGAUUCCCAGGAUUCUGUCGUGAGGUGGAAUUUAAAUGUUUGAUUAAUAAAUAUUGGGUUGUGGGCAUGUUUCACAAAGAUGGAUACAACACAUACAGAUUAAUAAUUUACUUUAAUGUUUGAAAUAGAAGAAACAUUCAUCAUACCUUACUCAGUGUGAUCUCUACGGUUCUGAAUUUUGGCUACUGAUGGCAUUGUAAUUACUGCUUUAAUACAACUGGCAGUAUUGUGGUAACACUUGAUACACUUUAAAGGUGCAUUGUGUAACUUUUCUGGUGGAGCGUCCAUCACCUGCUUGUUUCUAUGGAUAUGUCAUUCCACAGUAUGACAUGAAACAGCUCUACCUUACAUUUUUGCAAUUCCAGAUGGUUUUAUAACUCAAAAAUAUCUAGAAAAACAGGGAUUCUGACUGAUCUGUAACUUGGUCUGGUUUGGUCUGCAUGAUGAUAGAAAGUUUUAAUGCCAUAGUGUGAAACAUUCCAGACAAAGCAGUAACAUCUCCAUGGAGAAAAGCAUUUGACAGACCCUCCACCAGAAAAGUUACACAAUGCACCUUUAAAUUGCCUUAAUAGAGGAUGAACAAAUGCUUAGUAACUUAAUACUCUAACCCCUUGAUUCAGUAGUUACUAAACCUGAAUCAUUCUUAACACACUUAAGUUCAUUAAGAAUUAAAUCUUUUAUCAGGUUUCUUAAAGAUAAUUUUAUGUUGUACUGAGUUGGUAUAAACAGGUUACAUGUGUGCCAAAAUAGAUUUCAAAGUUAAUGUUUGUUAAUGGUGCACUAUCUAACCUUUCUGCUUGUUUCCACGGAGAUGUUAUUGCAUGGAAUAAUCUUCAUGGAGACAAGCUGGUCAGAUCUGUGGAGAGGCAAGUACUACCCAAACUAAGAUUCUGGAUGCGUUUUCUUGAGGUAUAGGUUUUGGCAAUAAAAUCCCCUGUAAAUGAAUAAAUGGAGGAGGAGAUAAGCAAGUGACUCACCCUAUGCCAGAAAAGUUACAUAGUGCACCUUUAAGCAAAAUAUGCAAAUAAACAAAAACAGACUAAGCAUUAAAAUACAAUGUUGGGAAGAUUAACUACAAAAGUACAAUAACAAAAUACGAACAAAUCGCUAGUGAGUGCAGAAAGCAGCAUUUGUGACGAAAGCUGUCAAAGGCAAAUGGUUUCAUUGUUUGAAAAUGCAAAUAAUUCAAGUGUAUAUUUACUCUCUAUAGGCUGUUUUACUAGUGAAAAAAACUGGUCCAUUGAUACUUUGCAGCUGAUGUCAUCAACAUUCCCUGCGGUGAUGCUAACUGUAGGCACUGCUCUGUCUGAGGCUUUGUUUUAACACAAUCUGACCUGAAAGAACUCAACUAAACAGGACCGUGAAUACCCAUAUUGAUCACAGCCUCCUGAAAAUCUGUAGUUUAAAUCAAUGUAUGAGUUUUGAGACUAUUUUAAAACUUUUUAGGCUGUUUUUUGCUAAUAUACACAUUGUGUCAUCAGGGAAACCUCUGUAUAUUCUGUCAUACACAUACACGCAGAACAACCCCAGCAUGAUGUCACUGCAAAGUAUCAAUAUGCUAUGAAAUCCUACAAUCUACUGCUUAUGUUAUGCACCAAUGUCCCUAGUUGGAAUGCACCGUUCUUGGGUCCACCAUCUUGCAAAGAAAUGAAUACAAUACAGUUUACUAUCAGAAAAA